CAACAACUCCAUACAUAUCGUUGAGCCAGUCGCCAUCAUCAUGGACCUCCCUGCCGCCUCCAAGUUUGGACAAAAGCUCGCGCAUACAGACAAGCAUGUGCGUGACAAGGCCGUGAAAAGCUUGACGCAGUACCUUGUGAAGAAGAAGGAAUGGUCGGAUUUGGACUUGGACAAGAUCUGGAAGGCGCUGUUCUACUGCAUGUGGAUGAGUGACAAACCCAAGAUCCAGAACGAACUCGCCGAGAACUUGUCGCAAUUGAUGCAUGCGUUCCCAGACUCGUCGUUGAAGAUGCGCUUCCUCCACAGUUUUUUCAAGACGAUUCACCGUGAAUGGCACGGCAUUGACGGCCUUCGUCUGGACAAGUUUUACUCGCUCAUUCGUAAGAUUCUGUACCAGAGCUUCCAGUUCCUUCAAUCGGAAUGGGACCAAGCCCAAGUGUUUUCCACCCACAUGUCCAGCGAAAUCCUCAGCAAACUGCCCAACGGCCUCCGCUUGCACUUGUGCGACGUGUACGUCCAAGAGCUGUUCAAGUCGAUUGGCGCGACCGUGCCAUCUGAAAACCUUGUCAUGUUGCUCGAGCCGUUCUUCACGCUCAUCAGCACCGAAACCGACAGAAUCGUGACCAAACGUGUCAACGACAUGGUGUUCCAGGUCCUCCUGACCGAGUUCCAGUUUCAAGACACGUUGAAGGAAGUCGACGCCGUCGCGACGACCGAUUCGGAAGACAACGAGGACGACAACGACCCCGCUGCACAGGCCAAGGUGUUUGGCGCUGCGAAGUUGGCCGAGGUGCAGCAUCGUAUCUUCGACUUGGCUGCUGCUGCCGAGACUCAAGACCGCAACCGCAAUAUUUUGUACAGUAUUUAUUCGGCGUUGUAUGCUGCGACCAAGGUGGACUCGGCCAAGAAGGACCGCAAGCGUCUUGCCUCGACUGAAGCUGAUGGCGAAGGAGCGUCGUCCUCGUCGUCAAAGAAGAAGAAGCGACGGAAGAACAAGGGCACGGCAGCAGCCGAUGUUGCCGACCCGAUGGUGGCUUCCCCCCAAAAGGAGGUGAAAGAGGACGCGUCCCCAACGAAAUCCCCCCAAAAGUCCCAAAAGCCCCAAAAGAAGCAUGACCCGUCCCCUCAAAAACCAAUCAAAGCGGUCGAACCCCCCUCAAAAGACGAACAGGUGCCCAAAAAAGAGGAAAUUUCCCUCCAAAAGGGUGCACGCAAAGGGCACCUUCCCACCGAGACGAAGAAGGCAACGACGAAAAACGUAACUGCUGACGUGGCCCCCAAGAAGGGCGGCAAGGCCCCGACGACCCAGAAGGAACAGGCUGCUGCGUACCCUCGAUGCACGAGCUGCGGUGGCUUUGGCAAGGGACUUGUCCCUGUGAACAAGAGCAUGUGCGGCCACUGCGAGCGCCGCUCCAAGCAAGAAGCCAAGGCCAAGGCCGUGACGGACAAGAAGCGAAAGGCCUCCUCUGUCGUGGCGGAAACCGCCGACGUGGACGCGUCCAAGAAGGUUCGAUUUGGCACGAACAAGGCGCUGCCGUACGAGCUAUCGAUGAAGCGCAUGAAGAAGUCGGUGGAGAAGGAACUGGUCAAGCCGGCGACGGGCAAGGGCGUGCUCAAGGUCAAGGAGAUUGUCGCCACGGCCACAAGCAACGUCAAGAAGAACACGACGCUGAACGUGAAACGAGCGCGCGCGGCGGAUUUUUUCUAAGUGUGCCAUGAUAAUAUACGACUACAAACAACGUGUGGGUGGGUGUCUUAUGGGUUAAUGCUGGCGGGCCGAUCGGGGUGGUUCUGGCCAAACGGGUCCUUGUCCAUGUCCACAGACCAACUCUGCGCGUUCGGGUCCAAUGCCACAUACUGGUUGAGCUGUUGAAUGCCCUUGAUCGCAAUGUUGAUCUUCUCCUUGAUCUUGGCGGGGUCUGUGAGGGCCUUGUUCUCGUGGAACUCGAGCUUGAUGUCUUGGACUAGCUGCUUUUGCUUGAUGCUGGGAAACUUAUUGGCAAGCUGCAGCACGCGGCGAUAGAUCUGCGGCACGGUCGGCGACGAUGACAUGACCAGUGACCGG